UAUGAUGUGAUAUCAGUAUUGUUCUAUAAUAUCGAUACGCUUUCCUGAUACACUUUUGUAAACAUCAUCGUUGUCAUACACCGUCAGAGUGUUACACUUUGUCUUUGAUACACACUGUAAAAAAAAAUAAUAAUUUAAAAACUGGGCUACUUUCUACUACUACUUUCGUUUUUAUAAAUGCUGGACGACAAUCUCUGAACCUAAUACUACAGUUGAGGUCAUAAGUUUACAUUUACAUCAUUUAAAAAAAUAAUAAUAAGAGGGAUAAUUAAAAUUGCAUUUUGUUGUUUAUUUAGUUCUGCCCUGAAUAAACUAUUUCACAUAACGGGUGUUUACAUCUAGUCCACAAGACACAAUAAUAACUGAAUUUACACAAAUGAACCAGUUCAAAAAUGUACACACGCUUGAUUGUUAACACCGCGUGUCGUUACCUUUAUGAUCAACGAGUGUUUUUAUGUACUGUGAUAGUUGUUCACGAGUCCCUUGUUUGUCCUGAGCAGUUCUGUUCUUCAGAAAAGUCCUCCAGGUCCGGCACAUUCUUCACUUUUCCAGCAUCUUCUGCAUAUUUGAGCCCUUUCCAACAGCGGCUAUAUGAUGUUCAGAUCCAUCUUUUCACACUGAGGACGACUGAGGGACUCGUACACGACUAUUACAAGACGUGCAAACGUUCACUGGUGCUCGAGAAGGCAACACGAUACAUUAAGAGCCAGGGGGGUGUAAACAUUUGAACAGGAUUAUGGGUGUAAAUUAUUAUUUUGUUUCAAGAGCUUAUUUUUUUUUAUCAUUUAGUACUGGCCUUCAGAAGCUACAUAAGAUAUUUACAUGUUUCCCAGAAGACAAAAUAAUAAAAAUGUAUAGUCGCCCUUGAGAACUUGUUAGCAAAACCUCAGCAAAAUUAUACACCGGGAGACAUUUUGUGCAUCCUGAAGCUGUUUUGUCUUCAAGUAUAAGGAAUGUGAUAUGCUGGGUUUUGUUUUGUUGUUUGCAAUGUUUCUUUCCUAGCCGUUCUGUAUGAAUGAGUGUAUGAAUGGCAUAUUCUUGUCAUAUUUCCAUCUCACGCCCAAUGUUCCCAGGACGAGCUCCGGAUCCACUUCGACCGUGACCAGGAUAAAACUUCUCACUGAAGGUGAAUCCAUCCGUCUGUCCAUUUUCCAUACCGCUUAUCCUACACAGGGAUAGAGCCUGGAGACUAUCCCAGGGAACUCUGGGAACAAGUUGAGGGAGAUCCUGGACAUAUAUAGUCUAUUUAGACCAGCAGAGCCCUCCCCCACCCCUUAAUUUGUUAACCUACCAAUCCCCACCCACCAGCCAGCUCUCCCUUACCUUCCAGGGAGGAUGAAGGUUAACACGUGCUUCCUCCGAGACACGUGAAGCAAUUGCAUGCUUGCUUCUACGUCAUCACAGGGCAGCGUAACACGCUCGGAGGACAGCGCUGUCCACCCUGUUCCUCAUACAUGAGCUCAGAGUUACCCACGAUUGAUUGCCUAGUUUUGCUGUGAUUGACAGCGGCGAGAGAGCUUCCACAGAGCUCAUUUAAAUAAAAGUAGCUAUUACAAGUGUAUAAAAUAAAUACCAACCCUAUUUUGGUGCAUAUGUUUGUUUUCCUUGAGUCUGUUGCAAAUCCUGGCUUGAUACCAAACACACUCGAUCCGUUUUCUUUCUGCAGCUGCUUCUCUUUCAUUCCGUCUAGCAUCCUGACCUUCUUCCCAAGUAAUACCCACGUGCCCGUAUACUGGCGUCCCCAGUGAUUGUCUCGGAUCGGUCUCAUUAUGUGUGGGUGAGAUAAUUGAUGAGCAGUCCCUCCCUCGGAGAGCGGAGGUGUACUUAGAGCCACUGAAAUAGGGCAAGCACGGGAGUCCACUCAUUUGGUCCGAGCAGACUACAAGCGCACUCGGUCUCACCUGUUGGAGCUCAGCUGUUUCUCAACGUGUUCUCUACACCACUCCGCUCUCUCACUCUCUCGGCACGAUGGACAGUGCUGCUGCUUUUCUCCAAGUGUGGGGUUUGUUCGAUCCAAACGAUCAUGGCUACAUCGAAGGAAAGCACAUGGACGAGUUUUCCCGGCACAUUGUGAAGAAAUUAGGGAUGACAGACAAGCUGAUAGAGGACAGACUGCAGCGACUCAGAGACACGAGCGCAGAAGGCCGUCUACAAAUCCAUCAGGUGGCCAGCAUCGUCCUGCCGGAGGAGGAGAACUUCCUGCUGCUGUUCCGCAGGGAGACGCCGCUGGAUAACAGUGUGGAGUUCAUGAGGAUCUGGAGACGCUACGAUGCUGACAGCAGUGGAUUCAUAUCAGCGGCGGAACUGAAGAGUUUCCUUGAAGAUCUGCUCGAGCAGCACAACAAGAGCAUCACGCCAGACAAACUGGAGCUGUACACCAAGACCAUCAUGAAGAUGUUUGACAAAAACCAAGAUGGCCACCUGGAUUUAAAUGAUCUGGCCAGGAUUCUGUCCUUAAAGGAGAACUUCCUGCUGAAGUUCGAGAUGGAUGCCUGCAGUCAAAAGGACAGAGCGAGAGAUUUCGAGAAAAUCUUUGCCCACUAUGAUGUGAGUAAAACAGGAGCCCUGGAAGGACCAGAAGUGGAUGGAUUCGUCAAAGACAUGAUGGAGCUGGUCAAGCCCAACCUGAGCGGCACAGACUUGGACAGGUUCAAACAGGCCCUGCUCAGCCACUGUGACGUCAACAGAGACGGAAAGAUCCAGAAGAACGAGCUGGCGCUGUGUCUGGGGCUGAAGCUCGCUCCCUGAAGACCGGCACUCAGAGCGACCCCCUUACCUACGCACAUACACACACUCACAGGCUACCUGCUAAUGCUAACACCUUCCAUAUAACAUUUCAAGCAAUAAUGCAUGAGAACUAAACACUGCAUUCAAUGCUCAUUUAAAUCUUAUUAACUUGAAAACCUUAUGUAGUCUGUUCGGUGUUUACUUAGAAAAAGCUCUCGACUUAGAUGUAUGCGGUGUACUUUACUGAUUUACUGAUAAAUAGAUAAAUGUGAAUUUGUGUUACACAGAAAAAAGGUGUACUGCUUUUUCAAUGUAGCUCUCAGUUAUUUAGACAGCAAUAAAACACACAGAUGGGUUCAAAGUGUCUUCAACUUAAAAACAGUUGCCUUUAAAGUUAAUACUGAGAGAACAUUAAAAGAACAUUGUUAGAAUGUUCCUGUAAGAACGUCCGGUUGUAAUGUUCUGAAAAUGACUAAUUGUUAGCUUCACAACGCUAUUAGAACGACGCUCAGUAAAAUAAAUGAAAAAUGUUUAUAGUUAAACAAAAAAAAAAAAACACAAACAAACAAACACUAACAUUAUGGAAAUA